GCAAAACCACAGGAUUUAUUGUGCAUGCAUAGUUCAGAAUACAGGAACGUGUGUGGGAGUGAGGGCGGGUGCCAUUGAGUGGGGCCUGUACCCUGCAAGUGAGGCCCAUAUACCCUGAAUGGUGUCUUGCUCACAGAUGGCGCCUGGGCCCCCCAUUUGAUACUGAGACCCGUAUACUGUGACUGAGGCCAGUAUCCCGAGUAAGUCGUGGUCCCACGCUACAAGGCCAGUGCCCCUUGAUUUAGGCCUAUAUAAUCCUGAAUUCCACCUGGCCACUGGAAGGGGGAAUUGUAACCCCCAGUGAAGCCUGUACCCCCUGGAAGGAGGCUUCAUAUCCCCUGAAUGAGGUCGGGUCUCCUCGAAUGAUUUCUGGCCCUCUGUGGUUUCGGCGUUUUUUGCUGGUUAAUGAAAGUGGUGCUUCCAGGCCCCAAGUCCUUCUUAUGGGGACCUUUAAGAGAAGCGUCUCAGGCCACAGCGACGCAGACCCCAGCUCAAGGCUGCACCGUUGCCAUGGAGACGGUUGGGCGGGGGACAGGGGAGGGCGUGCGGCUCCGUCUGCGCAGGCGCAGGCCGGAGCAGCCGCGUCGCAGCGGAACUGCUGAGAUUCAGGCCCAGGGUGCGCGCUCAGACGCCGCGCGGGCGCCAGGCAAGCGUUGGCUCCCACCACCCACGCCCCUCCAGGUGCACUCGGCGCCGCCCCCUGCACCUGGUCGCGGUGCCGAGUCACUCAGGCCUCUGUCAGAGAGGGAGGGAGCUGCCCUGGAAAGCAGACACGUAAGCCCCCUGCGGAUCCUCAGACAGCUCUGGAGAGGGGUCCCGGGGUAGGGUCACUGCGUCCAGCCGGCCAGCAGGUAGCUAGAACCCCCGAGGCCCGAGUCCCACUCCAGCCUUGCCACAUUCACCGGAACCGGGACUCUAAGCCCUGCGGGUGGCUUGCCAGGGUUGCAUUGACACCGUGCGCUGCAGCCCACCCCUAUCUCGGGCUCCCUGCUGCUCCAAGAUCAGCGCCGAGGGGGCGGCACCAUGGCCAUGAGCAUUUUGCAGGACUGGUGCCGGAGCCUGGACGUGGACGCGCAUAGGGCCCUGCUGGUCACCGGCAUCCCGGAGGGUCUGGAGCAGGCAGACGUUGAAGCCGUCCUGCAGCCGACCCUCCUGCCCCUGGGCACGUUCAGGUUGCGACACAUGAAGGGCUUGAUGAACGAGAAGGCCCAGGCCGCCCUGGUGGAGUUUGUGGAGGACGUCAAUCACGCUGCCAUUCCCAGGGAGAUCCCAGGCAAGGACGGGGUCUGGAGGGUUCUGUGGAAGGACCGUGCGCAGGACACGAGGGUCCUGAGGCAGAUGAGACGCCUGCUGCUGGAUGACGGACCCACGCAGGCCGCGGAGGCUGGGGCCCCCGGGGAGGCGCCCACCCCUCCAGCUUCGGAGACCCAGGCCCAGGAUUCUGGGGAGGUGACAGGGCAGGCUGGCUCGCCUCUUGGGGCAGCCAGGAACGCAAGGAGGGGCCGUCGGGGUCGUAGAAACAGAACCAGACGCAACAGGUUGACCCAGAAGGGCAAGAAGAGAAGCCGAGGAGGGCGGCCGUCUGCUUCCGCGAGGAGUGAGGCGGAGGACUCUUCCGAUGAGAGCCUGGGCAUCGUGAUCGAGGAGAUCGACCAGGGGGACCUGAGCGGAGACGAGGACCAGAGUGCGCUGUACGCCACGCUCCAGGCGGCUGCCAGGGAGCUGGUUAGGCAGUGGGCGCCCUGCAGCUCGGAGGGGGAAGAUGGUCCCCGCGAGUUCUUGGCUCUGGUCACUGUCACCGACAAAGCGAAGAAAGAAGAGGCAGAGAAGGAGCCAGCUGGGGCCGAAUCCAUCCGCUUGAACACCAAAGAAGACAAAAAUGGCGUCCCCGACUUAGUGGCCCUGCUGGCUGUGAGAGACACCCCGGACGAGGAGCCGGUGGACAGCGACGCUUCGGAGAGCGACUCGCAGGAAAGUGAGGACCAAGAAACAGAGGGGUUGGAUAAUCCUGAGUUCGUGGCCAUUGUGGCCUAUACCGACCCGUCGGAUCCCUGGGCCCGGGAGGAGAUGUUGAAAAUCGCUUCUGUUAUCGAGUCUCUAGGCUGGAGCGACGAGAAAGACAAGCGAGACGCCCUCCAACAGGUCUUGUCCGUUAUGUCCAAGGACACUAACGGGACCCGCGUGAAGGUGGAGGAGGCGGGCCGCGAGGUGGACGCCGUGGUCCUGCGCAAGGCCGGGGACGACGGGGACCUCCGGGAGUGCAUUUCCACCUUGGCGCAGCCAGAUCUCCCUCCCCAGGCGAAGAAGGCUGGGUGUGGCCUCUUCGGGGGCUGGAGCGAGCACGGUGAGGACGAGGGGGGCCUUCUGGAGCUGGUGGCGCUCCUGGCUGCCCAGGACAUGGCGGAGGUGAUGAAGGAGGAAAAAGAAAACGCCUGGGAAGGCGGGAAGUACAAAUACCCCAAAGGCAAACUGGGGGAGGUAUUGGCGCUCCUGGCCGCCCGGGAGAACAUGGGGUCCAACGAGGGGUCAGAGGAGGCUUCGGACGAACAGUCCGAGGAGGAGUCGGAGGACGCGAUCUCCUCGCUUCACCGCACGGCCGGGCCGCGUUUUGCCGGCGUCACGUUUCCCUCUCGGGCCCUAGUGGGCUCGGAGCGCCAGCGAUCCCGACGGAGGAAGCCCGGAUGGGAGGAGGAAGGAGAAGUGGGCGCCUGA